ACCACCACCACUCCACUACUACAAGAACCACCACACACACCGUCGGUGUGACACCAAUCCCCAGGAGAACCCCCGAUCUUUUCUUUCCACCUGUCUCGCGUGCACUGCACAGCAGCGGAGAGCCUAGUCGCCGGCGGCCAUGGUGAUCUCCAGCGCGGGCGAGUCCUCCUACUCCACCUUCUCGUCGCGCUACGUCCGCGACGAGCUCCCGCGGUACCGGAUGCCGGAGAACUCGAUCCCCAAGGAGGCGGCGUACCAGAUCAUCAGCGACGAGCUCAUGCUCGACGGCAACCCGCGCCUCAACCUCGCCUCCUUCGUCACCACCUGGAUGGAGCCCGAGGUCGGCAAGCUCAUCAUGGACUCCGUCAACAAGAACUACGUCGACAUGGACGAGUACCCAGUCACCACAGAGCUCCAGAACCGUUGUGUAAAUAUGAUAGCCCACCUGUUCAAUGCACCGAUCAAGGAGGAGGAGACAGCAAUUGGAGUUGCGACAGUGGGAUCCUCAGAAGCAAUAAUGCUUGCAGGCCUGGCCUUCAAGAGGAAGUGGGCAAAUAAAAGAAAGGAGGAGGGGAAGCCAUAUGACAAACCUAACAUUGUUACUGGUGCAAAUGUUCAGGUUUGCUGGGAAAAAUUUGCUAGAUAUUUUGAAGUAGAAUUGAAGGAGGUCAAGUUAACUGAAGGAUACUAUGUCAUGGAUCCUUUGAAAGCUGUUGAAAUGGUGGAUGAGAACACUAUAUGUGUUGCAGCCAUCUUGGGAUCUACUCUCACUGGAGAGUAUGAAGAUGUUAAACUAUUGAAUGACCUGCUUGUGGAAAAGAACAAGAAAACGGGGUUGAAUGUGCCGAUCCAUGUUGAUGCUGCAAGUGGAGGAUUUAUAGCUCCUUUUCUUCACCCUGAGCUUGAGUGGGACUUCAGGCUACCAUUGGUGAAGAGCAUCAAUGUUAGUGGGCACAAGUAUGGCCUCGUCUACCCUGGUGUUGGAUGGGUCAUCUGGCGGAGCAAAGACGAUUUGCCUGAAGAACUCAUUUUCCAUAUAAACUACCUGGGAACAGAUCAGCCCACAUUCACAUUGAACUUCUCCAAAGGUGCUAGCCAGAUCAUUGCACAAUACUAUCAACUGAUACGCCUAGGAUUCGAGGGAUAUAAGCACAUCAUGGAGAAUUGCCAGGCCAAUGCAACCGCGCUGAGGGAGGGCUUAGAGGCAACCGGGCGAUUCGACAUCCUGUCCAAAGAGGACGGCGUGCCCCUAGUGGCCAUCCGGCUCAAGGACAGCUCCAAAUUCAGCGUGUUCGACAUCUCCGAGAACCUGAGGAGGUUUGGCUGGAUUGUGCCUGCCUACACCAUGCCUGCGGACGCAGAGCACGUGGCUGUCCUCCGCGUCGUCAUCAGGGAGGACUUCAACCGCAGCCUCUCCCAGCGGCUCCUCGCCGACAUCAGCAGGGUCGUGCAGGAGCUAGACGCCCACGCGGUCCAUGCCAUUAAGAUGACCACUGCUAUCGCGACACAAACCGGCGAGGGUGCUGAGGCCGGCGCGGUGACCAAGAAGAGCGUUCUGGACAUCGAGAAGGAGUUCGCCGCGGCCUGCAAGGACCUGGUAAAGAACAAGAAGACUGGACCCUGCUGAAGGGCAUGCCGGCACAGUACGCUUUCGUUACGUACGUACUAUAUGUAUCUAUUUUUCCUGGAGUAUAUCUGAACCGUGAAGACCUGGCUCCGUAAUUUGCUAGAUGUGGAUUGCACUACCUUUCGUUUUGCUCGAGAUUAGUGCGCGAGGCCUGUGGUUCUGUACAUGACACCUCUUGAUGGAGGUUAUGUAUUUGUUGGAUGUUUAGUCCUACCUUGAAAUGUUAUGUGUUCGCCGUAUC